CUGGUACAUGCUGCAGUACAGAAAUCAGUGCAAAGGACCCAGCUAGUCACACAGACGAAACCAAUUGUCUGCUUUCUGCAUUUUCCAGAUGCACCCUGGGACCACUUCUUCCGUAUAUAUGAUGAUAGAACCCAUCGCUCUGUAAUCUGCAGUUAAGGAGCGUGUUCAGGCGAAAGCUUUGUUAAUGAAAUAGAAUGGGGUAUGUAUGCUUGAUCUUCCUAUCUGCUUUCUUCUUGGUUUCCAUGACAUCAGAAUCAUUUGAUGCAAUGGAAGGUGAUGCUUUAGUUAUAAAAUGCCCCCCACGGAGUUCGUAUGUGAGAAUCACCUGGUAUCACACAGACAGUAAUAAAAUAAUUCCUGCAGAAGAAGACGGAUCACGAAUAUUUUCCUCAAAAAGAUUUCUUUGGUUUCUGCCAACUUCUAGAGAAGAUUCUGGAAACUAUACUUGUGUUAUACAUUAUUCAAAUAAUGGCACAAAAGAGUUCAAUAUAAGUGUGCAGGUGCAUCCAUACAAGCAAGGAAUAUGUUUCCCAAGUCAGAUACGUUAUCCAAAUAACACUGGGAGAGGAAAAAUUGUUUGUCCCACGUUUGACAAUUACAAGAAUGCUACUAUCAUCCAGUGGUAUAAGGACUGCAAACCUAUACAAGGAGAGAGAUACUUCAAGGGAGAUAAAUAUAUUUAUAUUAACAAUCCAGGAAAAGAGGAUGAUGGAUUUUAUACUUGUCAAUUUAUCUACACACACAAUGGAAAAGUGUUUAAUGUAUCAGCAACAAGAAUUUUCGUAAGUAACGUAAAAUAUUCACCACUGCCUCCUCAAAUUUUAUUUCCAAAACAUAAGGAUGUAAUAGAAGUGGAUCUUGGUGCUGCUUUGUCUCUGAAAUGUCAGGCCCGCCUGGGGAUUAAGAAACAGCCUAUAGCUGUUGUCACAUGGGAUGUGAAUAGCAUUCCAGUAAAAUACUUCGAUUUUUCAAGAUUUCAUGAAGAAACUGUUUUUUUUGAAGGACAUGAUCAAGAAUAUUAUAGAGAGACCACUUUACAUAUUACCGAAAUAAAAAAGGAGGAUCUUCAGGCAAAUUUCACAUGUGUAGCAGUGAAUGAAAUGGAAAACACAAAGGCCACGGUGACAUUACAACUGAAAGCACAAUGUAAGGUGGAUCACCCCAGUGUCCUCAUGAUCAUAGGAUUUCUAGUUCUGUUAAUAAUAAUAGCAGUCUCUGUCGUAAUUUAUCAGUCUUUCCGAGUUGAUAUUGUCCUAUUCUAUCGGGACAUAUUUCAACCCUACUCAGCCAAGGAUGAUGGGAAGAUAUACGAUGCAUAUAUUAUCUACCCCAAAAGCCGCACCAGUGAAGCUAAUUUUGUGGAAAAUUUUGUUUACCAAAUUCUGCCAGAUGUUCUAGAAAAUAAAUAUGGAUAUAAAUUGUGCAUUUAUGGAAGAGAUAUAUGUCCUGGAGAAGAUACAGCCAGCGCAGUUGAAAAAAGGAUACAGAAGAGCAGACGGUUGAUCAUCAUUGUAACACAGCAGUUGAUUCAUCAUGAAGAUCUUGCUUAUGAUCAACAUAUUGCUUUAUACAAUGCCCUCAUUCAAAAUGGUGCGAAGGUCAUCCUUCUGGAAAUGGAGACAAUUGGGACAUAUGAGAAGCUUCAGGAAUCUCUUAAGUAUAUUAUUAAGCAGCAAGGUACUGUCAAAUGGAAAGAGCCACCCACAGGACAGCCACAGUCAUCCAAUUCUAAGUUCUGGAAACAUGUGAGGUACCGUAUGCCGCUGACACACAAGACUUCACGCUCAGCUAAUGCUGGGUGAACGGUGAGUCUAAGAAAAUACGGAUAUAUUGUCAGCCUGACCCAUACACCUGCAUCUCCUUUUCCUUUCAGUAGGCACAAGAUUUUGCGGUAUGGAAGUGUGGCUGUGUUGUCUCUCUUUUUUUUCAAUCCUUCAAUUGAGUAGAGAUAAGGUAAACUGAAGAAGUAGGUCUAGGGAACUGAACAGCGUUGCUAGAGGUAACAGAAUUGUGUAAAUAAAUCAUUCAGACUGAGUGCUGAAUUUAUGCCCGGGAUUGACAUGGGAAACAAAAUGUACACAUAUUCUUUCUAUAUGUACCUAUUCUGAAAGUUUUGAUUCUGAAGAGCUGAAUAUUUUUUAGGCUUGCAUUACCUUUCAAAUGCAUUUGAUCAAAGAUAAAUGUCUUCUGUAUUCUGUUCUACUAGAAAUUAUAGUGCUGUGCUCUUGUUCAUUUCUCCUACCAAGUAUUCCUUAUUGAUUCAGUAAUAAUAGUCAUGUUAUGAAACCUGAUUCUUCCUGAGUAGGGAUGGCUCAGUAAAGGGCUCUUCUGAGAUUGAUGUGAGUACAGUAUUUUUUAAAAAUGCAGUGUUAUGGGAAAGGAAUACAUACAUAUUGCCAUAUAUGUACACGUAUGUGUGUGUUUGUGUGUGUGUGUACAUACACACACACAGAUAUAUAUAUGUAAUGAAUCUCCCACAAAGAAGAAUUUAUUUGACUUUACAGCAGUAUUACCACGUGAUUCUACAUUUUGAACUGCUAAAUAUAUGAUCAAA